UUGCCAUAACAAAUACCGGUGACCUUUCUUGAAUAUGUUAAAUUUUUGGGGAGAUGAAUGGAACUAGCGUGUCUUUACAACUAUUUCAUGAUCAAUUCGGUAUUGGUGAAUCUCGCAGAGUUUCCCGAUUAUUUCAAAAACUUGUAUUGCCCCUAGGGAAGCCUUGCGCAGCUGCGUCAAUCAUCUUUGUUGUUAUUCCUGUAAUGUCACAAUCCGAUUUGUGAUGAAAGCGAGUUGCUCCGUCGGAAGCAAAUAUGGACAAUAUAUUUCGAGAUUAAGUGGUAGGAUGGAUGGACAACGUGCCCUGGAAUUGAUGCCUCUUCUUCAGGAGCGACUGGUGGUUCUGACUGGCGGCCGAGAUCGUAGAGGAGGACCUGUCCUUUCAUUUCCGGCCAGUCCAAGACGAGACCGUGCCAAGCCCGAAGACUACCGUCGGCUUCUGCAAUACCUGAUGUCCAUACCUAAUGACGAUGCUCGUGCUUUGGGUUUUACGGUGCUGGUGGAUAUGCGAGGAGCCACAUGGUCUACUGUGAAGCCCAUUCUGAAAGCGUUACACGAGAAUUUUCCACCUGGAGUUGUGCACCAAGCGCUCAUCGUCAAACCCGAUAAUUUCUGGCAGAAACAAAGGACUUCUUUAGGAACACAUAAGUACAAAUUCGAGACAAAUAUGAUAAGCAUAGAAGCACUACCAAAAAUUAUAGAUACAUCUCAAAUAACGUCGGACCUAGAUGGGAGUCUGAAUUACGACCAUGCUCAUUGGUUGGAAACAAGAUUGGCUGUUGAGGAAUUCUCGUGGCAGGCUGCUGACAUGCUAGACCGCUUGGACGAUCUUCAGGAAGACCUCGCCAGAAAUGAUUUUGCGGAAGAUGUAAGCGGAGCCAAGCAUAAGAUCGAUUUACAUAACGACAUGAAGAAAAAGAUAAUGAAGGUGCCCAUAGAAGAGCUGGAUAUUUUAGGGCAAAGGUUACUUCAGAAGGCUUGUGGACCAGAUGCAGGGCAGGGUGGAAGGGAUACAAGCAGUUUGAGUCCGGAUGUUGCAGAUGUCAAAAACCUAGUUUUACAAAAUUUAGAUAGUGUUCACUCGUCACAGCAGCACCUUUUACAAUUAUGGCACCACAAAAAGUUGAAGUUGGAUCAGUGCUUUCAGCUCAGACUAUUCGAGCAGGAUUGUGAGAAGAUGUUCGACUGGAUAUGUCACAAUCGCGACGUAUUCUUGGUGAAUUACGUCGAAAUAGGCCACACUUACCAGUUAGCGAAGCAAUUCCAAGAGGAGCAUCAACAUUUCACAAUGAGUUCCAUGAACGUUUAUGUCAACAUAAAUCGGAUACUUACUGUGGCCAGUCGUCUCAUAGAGGGCGGCCACUACGCCGCCGCUCAUAUAAGAUCGGUGGCGGCAAGGUUGGAUAGAACGUGGAAGGACUUCGCCGCUGGACUGGAUGAAAGGACUGCCGUUUUAGCAUUAUCUGUGAUAUUUCAUCACAAGGCCGAGCAAUACGUAGAAAAUGUGCCAUCUUGGAAAUCUUCAUGCGAGAACAUGAACAUACCGUCAGAAAUACUCGUUUUGGAGAAUUCCAUUCAUCAGCAUCAGAAUUUGUAUGAAUCUAUGUGCCAAGCCUAUACGGAGGUCUACAAUGCCUAUCAGUCGUUAUUGAAUGGCCUCGAUGUGAUGCUGCAAGUGUGCCAUAACUCUCCAACAGUGAUAGGAGACCUGGACAGUUCAGCCAAAAUUCCAAACGUGCAUAGUACAAGUAAGAAGCUUCUGUAUCAGUUGGAUCACCUGGUUCAAGUCUGCAACCAGCCUGGAACGGAAAAGAAACAUCAGGGGGAUGGAAAGUCAAAUUAUGAAAAUCGACCUGGGGGCAAUCCUGCUGCCGAUUACAGUGAAGGAGCGAGUCAUGUCCUUGCUGUUAUUCACCAGAUCCUCAACCAUCAUAGGACCUUGGAACAGAAGUGGCACGCCAAGAAAAUCAAACUCCAUCAGAGAUUAGCUUUAAGGCUCUUCCAAGAGGAUGUUAAGCAGGUUUUGGAUUGGCUUUCCAAUCAUGGCGAGGUUUUCAUCAGGAAAAAUACUGGUAUUGGCAGAAAUCUACAGAAGGCAAGGGUGUAUCAGAAGAGUCACGAACACUUCGAGAACGUCGCUCAGAACACCUAUACCAACGCGGACAAGCUAUUGGCCGCGGCUGAGGAGCUCGCCCAUACGGGCGAGUGCGACCCUGACGAGAUAUACUCAGUGGCGCACGAAUUGGAGGCACAUGUCACCUCGUUCGCCGCUCGCGUCGAACAGAGACGACGUCGGCUCGAUCUCGCUGUGCUCUUCUACACGCACGAGAAGGAGUUGAGUAACUGGGUGGACGAACUCAGGCAAGAGCUCCAAGGCGACGAAAGUCCUGCCGAGGGUCUCGAAGCGGUCGAGCGUCUUCUGGAGCAGACUUCGCAGCACAGGGAUCAGAGCUUGGACGCCUGCACCUCAACAAUAGCACAAGGCGAGGCUUUACUCCAGGAAUUGAGAUCGAUUAGUGAUAUGGAUUCAACUGGUUCAGUUUCCGCUGUAGAAGCAGCACUCGACAGACUAACAAAGCAGAGAAGUGAUCUGGAAGAAUUAUGGGCAGCAAGAAAGCUCAGACUGGACCUCUGUUUAAGAUUAAGACUUUUCGAGAGAGAUGCCCUCGAAGUGUCCUCCCAGCUGGAAAUGUGGUCUGAAGAACUCCAGCAUAGCGAGCUAACGAGGGACAUCUCGAAAGCAGAACAGUUCCUUCGACUUCACAACGAGAGCGUCAGCCAGAUGCAGAACACGGUGUACCAAGUACUACAACAGGGUCAAGACCUCAUACAAGUCUUCGAAAACUCCGGUCUUUGCGUGAUGGCCGACGCUCAAUACAACGCACAAACGCGCGUUCAAGUUCUCCUCGAAUUUCUUCACGACCGCGAGAUGGAUCUGGAGGAGAUGGCCGAGAUGAAGAGGGUGAAAUUGGAACAGUGCAUCCAAUUGGGCCAAUUCCAGAAUGAUGCCAACCAAGUGAUCAGCUGGAUCAGAAAUGGGGAGAGCAUGUUGCUGGCCAGCUUCACCAUACCAAAUAGCCUGUCUGACGCGGAACUACUGAAAAAAGAACACGAACAGUUUCAAGUUGCCAUCGAGAAGACACACACCUCUGCUGUUCAAGUCAAAUACAGAGCCGACGCUCUCAUCAACGCCAAUCAUUAUGAUCCACAAAGUAUCAGGGAAAUAUCGGAAGAGGUGACUAAACGUUGGCAGCAACUGGUUAGCUGUGCGGAGGAAAGACACAAGUUGGUGACUGCUAGUCUUAACUUCUAUAAGACUGCAGAGCAGGUCUGUUCGGUGCUUGAUAGUUUGGAGAGGGAAUACAGAAGGGACGAGGACUGGUGCGCAACUGGACAGAGCUCCGAUAAGGCCGCAUCUAUAUCGCAGUUGAUCAAUAAACACCAAGAACAGAAGGAGGCUUUUUUGAAGGCGUGUACAUUGGCAAGGAGGACUGGAGAAACCUUCUUGAAAUAUACCACCAGAAGUUUGCAAUUCUACAACUAUCCCAACACCACUGGAAAUCAUGAGACUAGAGUCAAAGGCAUCCUGGAAAAGCUGCUGAGUCAGGAGAAUAAAGUACUGGAGCAUUGGACCCAGAGGAAGAAACGUUUAGACCAGUGUCAGCAGUUUGUCCUUUUCGAAAGAUCGGCCAAACAAGCCAUCGAAUGGAUCCACGACACCGGCGAGUGCUAUCUGACUACGCAUACCAUAAAUCUCGGAAACAACGUGGAGGAAACGGAGAGUUUACUCAGGGAACACAACGAGUUCAAGAGUACCGCGAAAGAGACCAAAGAAAGGGUGAAAUUGCUGAUUCAGUUGGCGGACAGUUUAGUCGAGAAGGGACACGCGCACGCGAGUUCCAUCAAACAAUGGGUGGCCGCGGUGGAUAAUAGAUAUAAGGACUUCAGUUCCCGAAUGGAACAGUAUCGCCAACUGCUCGAGGAUACAUUGGGUAUACAGGGAGGAGAGAGUGAGACUGAGAAAAAAGAAUCUUCAGAUAGAAAUUCGGACCCUAGUUUGGAGUCGAAAGUCAAGGAGGUUGCCGCGAAGGAACUGAAAGAAUUGAACGAAGAAAAGAGAAGAUCUGCUAGGAGGAAAGAGUUCAUAAUGGCCGAACUUCUUCAAACCGAACGGAGCUACGUGAAGGAUUUGGAGCUGUGCAUUCGUUGUUUCCUCAGCGAGUUGAAAUCUCCAAAUGCGAACAUUCCACCUAUCCUCGUCGGCAAAGAGAGCCUCAUCUUCGGUAACAUCGAGGAAAUCUACAAUUUCCACAAUAACAUAUUCCUGAGAGAACUGGAAAAAUACGAAACUAUGCCCGAGGACGUAGGCCAUUGUUUCGUCACGUGGGCUCAGAAAUUCGACAUCUAUGUGCAUUAUUGCAGGAACAAACCCGAGUCGAAUAGUUUCUGCGUGCAGCACGGCGGGCCGUUCUUCGAGGAGCUCCAGAAGAAGCACAAGGUUGAACAUCCAUUAUCCGCCUAUCUUAUAAAACCUGUACAGAGGAUCACCAAGUAUCAGCUCUUACUUAAAGACUUGCAGUCGUGUUGUCAGGAGGGUCAGGGUGAAAUAAAGGAUGGCUUGGAGGUUAUGCUCAAUGUACCAAAGAAGGCCAAUGAUGCCAUGCAUUUAUCGCUUCUUGAAGGCUGUGAUGUUUCGUCGGAUAAGUUGGGUGAAGUAGUGUUACAGGACGCUUUCAGUGUAUGGGAUCCGAAGCAAAUAAUCAGGAAGGGCAGAGAACGGCAUAUAUUCCUUUUCGAAUUAUAUUUACUCUUCACCAAGGAGGUGAAGGAUUCGGCUGGAAAAGUUAAAUAUAUAUACAAGAACAAAUUGAUGACUUCAGAGCUUGGGGUCACAGAGCACAUGGAGGGAGAUGAAUGCAAGUUUGCCGUCUGGACUGGUAGAGCUCCUAUUUCCGAUUACAGAAUUGUUUUGCGGGCAUCUUCUCUGGAGACUAAACAACUAUGGGUUAAAAAACUCAGGGAGGUUAUACAAGAAACAUAUUUCAGUGGGGCUCUACCUCUGUCGUUACCGAAGAGCCCUGCUAAGUUGAAACCUCAUAGUCAGAGGUCUAGCAGAGAUUUGGAGGAAUGCAUCUCGUUGGACGAAAGCGUAGAGAAUUUGGACAGGAAUUCUUUGACGUCCUUCGGAUCCGGCAACACUACAGACUCCGAUAAAGCCGGCGUCCUGGAAAUGACCUGGGUGAUAAACGACUUCACUGCUACGUGUUCCCAGGAACUGAGCGUAUCGAAGGGUCAGCAGGUCGAGGUCGUGGAGGUCUGCGCCACCAAGCCGGACUUUUGUCUGGUGAGGAUGCCGACGAGGGGCACGGAGCAGGAUUCGAGCGUCGUGCCGGAAGGGCUGGUACCGCUGUCGGUGCUGAAGCAGCCCCCUGCUCCUAGGAGCUCGCCAUCCAGGAGGGUCGUACCCGAAAGCGAAGCUGAAACAUUCCCUAACGAUAGUGGAGGGAUUGCAAAUACUUCAUCCCCAGUAAAUAAAAGGAGAGGAUUCAGCGGGCGAAAAUGGCUGCCUCCGCCUUUGCGAAAACUUUCGCAGGGUAAACUCGACAAGUCCCAGGCUGGUAGUCCGCUGGACAGGCCACCACUGAAAAAGACUGGAUCGGAUAAGAGGAUUAAGGUACCAUCAGAAAUGGGCAAUAAGCCGUCAGUGUCGGAAGGCGAAGAUGACGAUGAGCAGCGACCGCCUCUAUCUAUCAAGAAUGCCAAAUUGCUGGGAUCUGAACUGGCGAAUGGUGCUAACGCUGGCGACGAUGUUGACGAAGACCUUGAACUCCCUCCACCGAUGAAACCUAUUCAAGAGCCAAUCUUGGUUACGUCGCCACCACCGGGAGUGCCGGACAUAGAGGAAAAUCCGUGCAAGAGGGUUUCUAGUCUAACAUUAAAAUCGCUUGAGGGCGCCACUUCUGCAGAUCUAGCUGAAAUAGAGCAGAUUGUGAAGGAAAGAAUGGAACAACACUCGGAAAAUGCCCUUCUCCGAGACUCUAAGUCAAAUGAAGCCACCACUGACCACAUCACCAAACACGAGGAGCUAACAGCGGCGCAGUACUCGUCCAACGAAGCUUCGGCUUUGGCAUUCAGCGGUGAUGAAAGUGACAAUAAGCCACCAGACGAUAAUUCGAUCGACAACAGUAAAAAAAUCGACAUGUUCUUGAGAAAGAGGGAAUUCGUACUGAAAGAAUUGGUGGAUACAGAGGAGGCUUACGUCAGAGAUUUAUCACUGAUAGUGGACGGUUACAUGAAGACUAUGAAAGAUCCAGAUUGCGAAAUACAGAUGCCCGAAGAUCUGGCAGAGGGCAAGCACAAAAUGGUGUUUGGAAACGUGGAAGCCAUCUAUGACUGGCAUAAAGAUGUGUUUCUCAUAUCAAUCAAAAAAGCCAUUAAGCAUCCCAUUGAAUUAGCCCAAUUGUUCAAACGGUACCAAAGGAAGCUUCACAUGUACGUGGUGUACUGCAAGAAUAAGCCUGUAUCGGAGUACAUCGUAUCAGAGUACUUGGAUACUUACUUUGAAGAGCUAAGAGUGAAACUGGGACAGAAGUUACAACUUUGCGAUCUGCUCAUCAAGCCUGUUCAAAGAAUCAUGAAGUAUCAGCUGAUGCUCAAGGAUAUACUCAAAUAUACGGAAAGAGCUGGAUUGACGACCGAAGCAGAACAUCUGAAGAUGGCGUUCGAAAUAAUGGUUAUCGUCCCAAAAGAAGCUAACGAUAUGAUGGAUGUUGGUAGGCUACAAGGUUUCGAUGGUAAAAUUACAGCACAAGGUAAAUUACUUCUGCAUGGCACGGUCACUUGUUCCGAUUUACCAGGAUCGAACAACUCAACGAUUGGAAAAAAUAAAGAUCUCCAAGUAUUUUUAUUCGAACAAAGCAUAAUUUUCUCUGAUAUAGUGGGGAAGAAGACCCAAUUCACAAGUCCACAGUACAUUUAUAGAGCUCAUAUUCAGGUCAAUAAAAUGAACUUGGAGGAGAGGGAGGAUUGCUUUCUCCUCAAAUCAACUGAUCCCAACAAACCGAAUGUGGGUUUUGUGUGCCAGGUACCAAUGGACGUGCUCGAUCAAUGGGUAACUACAAUCAAAAACAUACUUCAAACGCAAAAAGACUUCUUGAAGGCCAUUCAAAGUCCCAUCGCCUACCAGAAGGAACUGACCAAAGAGUUUUCAAGUUCGGAUCUAGCCACCAUGUGGGAUCCGACUUAUAGAAAGACAGUGUCAAUGACUAGUAGUACCACCUCCGCAUCAUCCGUUUCUUCGAGUAAGCCGGCACGAAAAACGAUUCACAAGGCGAAUACCGUUGGUAUACCGGAUCACAGUGAACUGAAUGAAAAUUGUGAUAAAUCCCCAGCUCCAACGAAGCACAGGAGUGGGAGGAUAUUCGAGGGCUUUGGAUUCAAGCAUUCACUCAAAUCGAAACAUAAAAGUGAACCUUUGCCCUUAGAUUCGCCCAAAGACAAUAAGAGUGAAGUGCAUCGUAGGUGGUCGGAGACCAACCAGCCAUCGCCUGACAAUACCGUGCUGCCGCCCGGUAGUCAAGCACGCUUGGUUUGCGAAUGGCCCGACCUUACAUUGGGGGACAUAGUUACCGUCGUCAAGCACGAUCCCACCCAGGGCUAUCUCAUCAAAACGAAUUCCCAUCUGGAGGAAAUUUGGGUCCCAGCCCACGUGCUCUCUGUCUACAAUCGCAGGCCGUGGUCCUUCAAAUUCAAGAAACCGGGCAGAAGAUCUCACGAGAACUCGCUGCAAGAAACGUCCAUAGCGGAAAAUCCCCUACCGGAGUUCAUCGAACACCUGAGAGACGCGAACGCGCAGUGCGGUUCGGAGGUGACGCUCAGGUGCCGCAUACGUCACUGCGGUCGCGCCACCAAGAUAUGCUGGAAGAAGCUGGAGCCCGAAGUGGUCGUCUUACGUAACGCCAAACUGCACAUGAGCCAGAGCGAGGAAGGUCUGGCCGUGCUGACGAUCGAAAAUGUCAAAAAGUCCGAUUCCGGAAAGUACUCGGUCACCAUCUCCAACGAGUACGGCUCGAUUGAAAGCACCUCCGUUCUGAGCGUAUCGGAGCCUUUCACCCCCCUCCACGAACCAUCCAUUCAGGUCGUGUCCUGUUCCAGCGUGCACUUGACGUGGGAGAGCACCGCUUACGACAAGUUCUAUCUGGAAUACUGCCGAUUGGGUUCGGGCGAGUGGCUGACGAUCAACGGUGGCCGAAUCAUAGAGGCGAAAUCGUACACGAUAGAGAACUUGACUCCCGGGGAAACGUACAGUUUCAGGAUCAUCGCGGCGCAGAAUAAACUGAUCAGUUUGCCGAGCAUAGCGGUGACUCUGCCCGUGGCCGACAAUCUGAGAUGGCAGCAGGAGCAGUUCAGGAGGAGAUACGUGGAGUUGGAAGAGCUGGAUAGGGGCAGGUUCUCCAUAGUGAAGAGGGCGAAAGACAGGGGGACGCAGGUCGAGGUGGCACUGAAACAGGUGACGAGGAGAAAACAACCGCAUCACAUAACGCAGGCGGAGUAUUCCCUGCUGGCCGGGAUGCAGCACGUCAAUAUCAUUAGGGGAUUAGCCUUAUUCGACAAUGCACCGCACCCGGGGAUAGACACAAUAGUACUAGAAUUGGUAAAAGGUCCAUACCUGUUCACAUACCUAGGCGAAAAAGAAAGUUAUUCGGAAAGUGAAGCGAAGAGUUACGCCAAACAAAUGAUUGCAGCUUUAUCUUGGCUGCAUAAAAAAGAUUUAUCGCAUUUAGAUAUCAAGCCAGAAAAUGUACUUAUCGACGUAUCCAAUCCCACCCACGUCUUGAAACUGAUAGAUUUUGGCGAUUCCGUCAACACCCAGAAGAACGUGAUCCUGCCACCGGCUUGCCUAGAAUUUGCCUCGCCAGAAUUGGUGCUAGGACAGCCCGUUGGGAAACACACCGACUUCUGGGCGGUUGGUGUUUUCCUCUAUGUCUUGCUCAGUGGCGUUUCACCUUUUCUGGACGACUCUAUGGAAGAGACAACGGCCAAUAUUCUCAAAUGCGACUAUUGUUAUCCGGAGCAAUAUUUCGACCGCAUUUCGAACGCGGCAAAAGAACUCAUAGGGAAAUUUCUUGUGUUGGUACCCGCACAAAGGCUGUCCAUGGAGGAGGCGUUAACUUAUUCCUGGAUCACCGAGGAUGGCCCAUCUGUUACUAUUCCAUCUUCCAACCUGAGAACAUUUAUGCAACGAAGGCAUCCAACGAACGUUUCUGCAUCACCAACUAGUCCACAACCGAAGCCCCACAAUUUGUUCUGAGGCGUUUUGAUAUAGACUUUUUUCAAAUUUGUUUUACGAGACUUUUUAGUAUAAUUGAAGCAUGUGAUAUUGAUUUUUAAAUCUGUUAAUCUUCCUCUUAGCCAUUAAAGUAUAUUAUGUAAGAACUGGAUUGAUUUUAUAGUAACGUAUGUAAUUUUAAUAAUUCUUUUCAAAUAAUUUAGACCUUUUAAAUAUUUAUAUGAGUAUUUAGAUGUAAAAAGUGUGAUUGUUAUUUAUUCAAUAAAAAUUCAAGAGA